CAGAUUACGAUUAUUUUGUGGCAAAUUGAUGUGUAAGUGUAUACAAAGUCUUGUGUAAUUUACGAUACUUGUCACAUCCUUAAUGAUUAAUCAAUUAUCACAUCGAAUCCCUUGACUUCACUCAAACACAUUCACGAUGACGCCAUCUGAUGCAACACAAGAUAUUAUUAAUACUUGAACGUAUAUAUACACACUUAUAUACAUAUAUAUACGUGUAAAACAUGAGAUUCUGCUUAGCGAUUAUAUAAGUUCCACUUUUCCCCCAGAGUUGUCUUCUUGUCCUAACCACGCUCUUCAAUAAAAACAUAUACUAAUAUAUUUCCCUAACGUUUUUGGCAAAGAUAGUUUCGACCUUUCAAUGUCAGAAGAACUUCAAGAAUCCGAGGUUAUAUUUUCCGAUGAAUACUAUACUAGGAACAACAACAAUAGUAGCAAGAACGUAAACAACAAAACAAAGACGGCGGCGAAGGAGAAAAAGUCAUCUCCGGUGAGAAUUCCGUCGAGAACUAUUUACCGGCGUAUGGAGGAGGAAGAAGAGGAGGAGGGAGAAAUGGCGCCGCCACAUAUCAUCAUCGGAAAACGAAGAAUGGAGGCGCGAAUGGCGUUUUCCUUUUGUACCCUCAAAGGGAGAGAGUUGAGUCGUCACCGUAACUCCGUUCUUAGGAUGACCGGUUUUUUGGAAGUCUAAUUGAAAACUUUUCCGGUUUUGUUUUCUCUAGUUUGGUUCGGUUUCAUUUCGUUUUUCUCAAUUCUUCUUUUGGGUGCAUGUAUACAACAUCUUUUGAAAUGAACCAAUGGACAACGAUUUUUUUUUCUUUUCCUUUUGGAUUUAUAUAUAUUCCCCAUGUUUUUAUCAGGUAAGAGUAAGAUGUCAAACUUUUUAUAUA